AUAUUUGUGCUCACAUAUUUCGAUUAAAAUUAAAAGCUCUUCUUAAAGACAUUAUUAAAAAUAGUAUUUUUGGUAAAACUCCUGCUUAUAUUUAUGUUAUUGAAUCACAAAAAUGUGGUUUUUUGUAUGCAUAUAUAUUGAUUAUAUUAUUACCUGAUUGCAAACCACGUAUAACAGAAGAUUAUGAUCAUAUUAUAUCAGCAAAAAUUCCAGAUCCUUAUAAUCUUCCACAUGAAUAUGCAACUAUAAUACAAUAUAUGAUGCAUAGACCAUGUAGAAAUUAUAAUAUGCAUGCAUCUUGCAUGCAAGAUGGCAAAUAUUUAAAAGGUUAUCCAAAGCCUUUUCAAGCAGUAACCAGUCAAAAUGAAGAUGCAUGGUUUGAUGCUAAUUGUGAUCAAAAUAUUUGCAAAAUAGCAAAAAGCUUAACUUAUACUCAAUUUCCUCACAAGUUUGUUUUUAAUAAUCAUACAAAAAAAUGGAAUCAACAUAUUAGUGGGCAUACAAUUAGUCGAAUGUAUUUUGUACAUCUAGGUGCAGAUGUAUAUCAAGCAUUAGGUCUUUUACAAAAUGAUUUAGAAUGGGAUCAAUGUUUAAAAGAAGUAUCAGAAAUAAAAUUAGGUUCUCAGUUAAGACAAUUGUUUGCAACAAUUUUGUUAAAUUGUUAUCUAACACAUCCUGAACAACUUUGGAUUAAAUAUAAGCAUAAUUUAAAAAUUGAAUUAUGUGCUUUGCAUAAAUUAGAAGAUAUUCUUAUGCAACAAGGCAAAUCAUUAAAAGAUUUUUCUAAUAUGCCAAUUCCUACUACAGUAUACGCAGCAGCUCAAUCAGAAUUUGCUAAUUGGUUACUUCAGGUUGGUGAAAGGCUUAUUCCUGAAGUUCAACCUGAUAGUAGUUUUAUACGUUUACCCUCUGAUAUUAUUAUCAAAUCAGAAAAUAUUCAAGAUUUAAUAGAAUUUGUAUAUCCUAAUUUACAAGCCAAUAUUUGUAAUUCUACAUAUUUUACUGAAGGAGGCAUUCUUGCAUCACUUAAUGAUGAU